AUGGCAAAGUCAAAAAAUAUAGUGGUUUUUUGCAAAACAUGUCUUGACAACUUAAAGUCUCUUAAAAGCGUUAAUAGUGUCGUUGAAUCAUUUAAAGAAAGCCAAGCCAUGAUUUCUGCUAAAAUUGAUAAAAUUAUUGAUCACAGCACUGAUUUUACUAAGGAAGUAACUCAAAUAAAAAAUGUAAUUUUGGAUAAGGAAACAACCACAAUUAAUAAUAAAGAUCUUCAAUACGAAAUGACAGUGUUGAAGAAUGAAUUGAAAACUGGUUGGUUUGAUGCGGUCAAAAAAAUGGUGGUUUUUAACUUGUUGAAUCUGAAGUUAAAAAUGUUAAAAAAAAGGAUAUCAAUCAGACCUGAUCUGACACCUGAUCAAUGUACUGAGUUGAACAAACUGUUGAUUGAGGCAAAGAAAAAAGAAACAAAAGACAAAGGAGUUUUUUAUUCAGAGUUCGAGGCGAAAUCAAUCAGUGGCGAAUAG